AUGUCUGACCCACCACCAUAUCACCACCUGACUUUAUACACCUGGGGAACGCCCAACGGUCAUAAAGCUUCCAUCACACUAGAAGAGCUCGGCAUUCAAUACAAGACCGAAGCCGUUGAUAUCGCCAAAAAUAUCCAAAAAGAAAAUUGGUUUCUUGCUCUCAAUCCUAAUGGACGUAUUCCGGCCUUGAAGGAUGGUGAAUUGAAUAUAUUCGAAAGCGGUUCUAUUAUGCUCUAUCUGACCGAUCACUAUGAUAAGGAUCACAAGAUCAGCUAUUCCCACGGCAGCCGAGAGUAUCACGAAAUGGUGUCGUGGCUGAUGUGGCAAAUGAGCGGCCUUGGCCCAGCGCUAGCGAGUAUUUCGAUGCGAAGAUAA